UCAAAUGAAGAGCGAGUGCGAGAGAGAGAAGGGAAGACUCACACAUAUUCCCCCCUUGCAUACCUCCCCUGCUUCUGCCUCUGCCUCUCUGUCCCUUAUACAGACACUUGGCUCUCGCUUCCUUCUCAGCACCCCUGUUGUCACGGUAGCACUGGAAGCCGCAGGCUGCGUAAUCUCCGGCUGUCUCGAUCGCUCCAAGAGUCAGAGUGGGCUCAUCGCCGUGGGAAACCCAUUGAUUCUCACAGUGCUGGCAGGGACAGCUGGCUUAUCAACAAUGCCUCUCUUACUGAUUUACAUCUAUGGCAGCAGGGAGUGGGAGAGUGCCAGGGAGAUACACUCACAACAGCAGUAAAGAACGGCUGCCUGCAACCUCUCCUGCCGCCACCACGGACACCUGCUGCUGCUUUUGGAAGCACUGGAGAAGAACAGUCCCAGGGAGAAGUUCCUUGCCAAGGAAGUUCAUAGUUCGUCAAACCUGACCAGGAUGGUUUCCAUAGGUGGAUUUCCAUAAAAGAACACAUCAGGAGAUGUGGAGCUCCCUGAAGAUGGGCUUCCAUGCCACACUGCUGCUUUUUCUUCUUCUGCCCUCCAUGGCAUCUGCUCAACUCAGCUCCAACUUUGACUCCAAUGGCCUGGAACCCACUCCAACCAUCUCCAACACAAGUUCCACAGAAGAAGAGGAGAUUGCAGGCAUUCCAAGUGUAGGCCCAAGUCUAGAGAUAGGAGUAGAGAAGGCAGAAGAAGAAGAAGAGGACUGGUCUGUGCCUGAGAAUUACCUCUACACCGGCAAUGCCUCUGUCCUGAGCUCCUCCAAUUGCCGCCAGCCCUUCUGGCUGGCCGUCCAGCGUGGCAUCGUCCCGCCAGACCUGAGGCCCCUCCUGCGCCAGGCCACUGCGUCCCUCACCAAUGCUGCCAACUUCCUAAACCUCAUCUUCCAAGCCAGCGAGCUGCGGGAAACCAGCGUGCGGGAGGAUAUCGAGUGGUACCAUGCACUAGUGCGGGCCAUGCUGGAAGGUGACAGGCCUGGCCUGGUCAGACGGGCCCUGCUGACCUUUGAUGCUGACCCCACAGCAUCUCAGCCACAGCUGGUCCUCCGUGCCUCCAGGAGCCCAUCGCAGGACAUCUACCUGCAGGAUCUCACUUUGGCCUGGGAGAGUCUUAACUCUCUGCCCUCUGGCGCCGGUCACAGCUGGUUCACCUCUCUAAAGUCCAGCAGCCCACCCCUCCCUGGCCUGUCUAAGCGGGUUCUGCUCAAUGACCUCAGCACCCUGGACACACCCAAGUGGGCACGCGGAGACAGCUACGUAACAAACAGCAGCGGACUGCGCUGGGGCGAGGCUCCUUUCUUGGAGUGUGAGGAUGGACGUUUCUCACCUGGUUGGCUCCUCACCCUGUCCAUGCCCUUUUACGGACUGAAGCCGGACCUCAGCCCAGAGUUCAGGGGUGUUGUCCGUGUGGAUGUGAACAUUCAGGGGUUUGAUGUGGACCAGUGUGCCAGUGGAAAUGUGUGGUUUGCAGACACACAUCAGUGUAACCGUACCAGCAUGGAGUGUGACCCAAUUCCCAGACAGGGCUUUCGACUGGGCCAGUAUUGCUGCCGGUGUAAAGAGGGUUACUACAGUCCAGCACCAGACAACAAGGACCAGUUGGAUGGUGGUGUGAAUGACACUCGGGUUUGUUACCCUAACCUGCCCAUAUGCCUGCCCUGCUGGCCUGGCUGUAAGCAGUGCAAGGACGGCUCCCCCUGUUGGGUGCAGGAAGACUGGCUCUUGAGAGCGGCAGUCCUGGCUGUACAGGGGCUUUUCAUGGCCCUAGUGCUCAUCAGCAUGUUGAGGGCGUAUCAGUGCCGCAGGACCAGGCGGAUCCGAGCGUCAGGUCUGUUGCUGCUGGAGAUGAUUCUGUUUGGGUCUCUGCUCCUUUACUUCCCUGUCUUCAUUUUAUAUUUCAAACCCAGCACGUUCCGGUGCAUCCUGCUCCGAUGGGUCCGUCUGCUUGGCUUUGCCAUCGUUUAUGGAACUGUGACACUGAAAAUGUACCGGGUGCUGAGGGUAUUCCUGUCACGUACUGCUCAGAGAGUCCCCUACAUGUCUAGCACUACUGUCCUGAGGAUGCUGGGAGUGAUGGUGCUCACCGUGAGCUGGUUCCUAUGCGCUUGGACUGCAGGGGUCCUACAAAACCGAGACCGCAAUGUUCCUCUAUUGAUUACAUCAACCACCUCGGAUGGGCAGGGCUUCAGUGUGUGUGACUUGGACCGGUGGGAUUACAUGAUGGCUGUUGCGGAGCUGCUGUUCUUGUGCUGGGGGAGUUUUCUCUGCAAAGCAGUGAAGGCUGUGCCCUCUGCCUUCCAUGAGCCUCGCUACAUGGGCAUUGCCAUCCACAACGAACUACUCCUUUCUGCCAUAUUUCAUCUUUUCAGAUUUGCAAGGCCAUCUCUUCAUCCUGACUGGAUGCUCUUGCUGUUCUUCACCCAUACUCAUGUCACAAUCACUGUAACUCUUGGACUGCUGUUCAUUCCUAAGUUCCUCCACAUUUCUCGACCUGUGAAAGAAGAGAUUGCAGCAGAGGUGUAUGAGGAUGAGGUGGAUCUUCGGCGUUCAUGUUCAUACCUUAAUAGCAGCUUUACAUCUGCCUGCUGGAGUGACCACAGCCUGGACCCUGAUGACAUCCGGGAUGAGUUGAAGAAACUUUAUGCACAGUUGGAAGUCCACAAGACCAAAAAGAUGGCAAACAACAACCCACACCUGCAGAAGAAGCGCAGCUCUCGGCUUACACUUGGCCGAUCCCUUAUUAAGCGCAUAGCUGAGAUCCCAGAGAGUCUGAGUCGGCAGUGUAGUCGUGAGGACAAGGAUAUUUCAGGGGCUGGAGGAACACGAAAAUGGUCCGGAUCUUACAUGGCAACUCCUGACAGUGCCAGUAUAAAGAAUGAGACAGUAAGGCUGCCAUCUCCAAAGAUGCGAAAGUCCCUUAGUGCCUAUGAAUAUGUCCCAGAGAAGGAGAGAGGUAGCUCUCGGAAAUCCUCGAUGAGAAACUCCUUGGACAAGAGGUCCUCACAUGUUUCUGAGGCUGAAUCCAUCGACACAGCACUACUUAUUUGCAAGUCAGCCAGUGCUCACAAUCUCGCAGUUGACAACAACCUUCUGCAACCUGGCUCCACCCGUUUUCAGAAGUCUCUCAGUUUCACAGAAAAGCACAGAGAUCAUUAUCCUCUUUGUCCCACUAGAAGCAUGGAGGACACAUCCCUUGCAGCCAAAGCAAGCACAGAAAAGGUUCAUCGACCACAGGGAUCUAUAAAGGAGCAAACCUCAAAUGCCUUGCUUUGUCUGUCAUUUGACAAGGCUGAGGUCUGCCCUUGGGAGGUUGAAGAGGAGCAGCCUGCUGGCAAAAACCUGUCAAACCAAAAACAUGUCACAUACUCUCUCUCUCAGGAACAACCCCCAGCACCUGAGACUACAUCGUCACCCACCCGACUCUAUGUCUGUCCGUGGGAAGCUUUGCCUCCCCCACCUCCCCCUGUGGCAGAGGGAGGGCAUGUAGUAGACACAGAUGUUGACUCUCCAAGGCCAAAACCUCCCAUCUCCUCCAGUGCUCCAGGAUCACCACAUGGCUUUGCCAAGCCAAAGGACCACCGUGGUUUCUCUUUCCGUUCAGCUACUCAAGGCCUUCUCUUAGCCAGGGGACUGGUGUCUGGAAAAGGAAGUGGCAAAGAUAGGAGUAGAAAUGAAAUCAGUAGUAAAGAGGACACAUCACAACAGGCCCGAACAACAUCAAUGAAACUGACUCCAGGCAGUGCUGCAGGUUCAGGAAGGAGGACACCACAAACACCAAGACGAGCUAUGACCACUAUCGAUACAAAACCUUGUCUUGUAAAACAGGAGGCGAUAAGACUAUCAUCAUACGAUUCUCCAGAGAGGAGCCCCAAAACCAGUGCUCCUACUCAUGUCUGCCCAUGGGAGUCAGAAGAGAUAGUAAUGGAGGUCAGAAAACAAAACCCCUAUGAACAUAUAAUACAAAACCAGGGCAGCAAGCACAGACUGUCUCUGACCCUUAGUACUGACAGUAACAAAUCAUUGUUGCACCAGCUUAGACCUUCGCUAACUAUUCCAAAAGCAGAAGUGUGUCCAUGGGAUGUACCAAACCAAACUCAGGCUGUGCAUCAACAAAGUAUUAUUGCUAAUGUUUGCCCCUGGGAAGUGGAGGAACCAGAUCAAUCACAAGCCAAGGGUUCACGUGCUGACGUUUGUCCUUGGGAAGUAGAUAGCAAACAAACAGAAAUGACAACAGAGAAAAAAGACCUAUUAAAUGUUUGUCCAUGGGAAGUCUCAGAAGAGGCAUCUAGUAUCAGUCAAAAAUCUAAGGAAGAACAACGUCGGAGCAGUAUAAAGGCUGAAGUGUGCCCUUGGGAUGUGCCAGAUACCAGUACCUCUCAAGUUAAACAAGAUUCAGCCAAAUCACCUUCAGAAGCAAUGAAACCAGCUGAGAGAGUUAUAUAUGUAAAUACUCAUCCAGGGGAAACGGCACCAAAUGGGAAAAGCCCAGUGCAGCAAGAGACAGUUCGUCCAGAUGUUUGUCCAUGGGAAACAAGUGAAGCAGACAAACAUCAAGAAAGCAUUCAUGGUGAUGUAUGUCCUUGGGAAUCAGAGAACACAACAGGGCAAGGCCCAGAAACAAUUAAGGAAACUGAUGCAACUAAGGAGAGCGCAACUGUUACAACACGUUCAUUAACUAAACAACUCACCAGUACUGCAGAAGCAUGCCCAUGGGACUUCCCUGAGACUUCUCAAUCGGAUGUCACAGAUGCUCAAGGUCAAGAAAGUGUUCGUUCAACUAUAUGCCCAUGGGAAUCAGAAGAGAAGCCAAAAACCGAUGCUGAAGAACAAUCGGGAGAAGCUGUAGUCAGGAAAACUACAGAAACACCACACCAACUAACAAAACAGCUCACAAACACAGCAGAAACUUGUCCUUGGGAUUUCCCUGAAUCGCCACCUACUGGGACAGAAAGUGUAGGAUUAACCUCGCAGGUGUCCACAACUAAGAAAGCAGAUGUAUGUCCAUGGGAGGCAGAAGAAAAGUGUAGUGCCAUAACCAAGGAGCCAGAGAAAUCAGUGCUAAAACAAUUAUCUGUACAUGCAGAGGUUUGUCCUUGGGAAACUACUGAGCCAGUCAAAAAACAAGAGGUUGUUUCUGCUGAAGUCUGUCCUUGGGAAACGAGUGGAGUGGAAACUGAAAAGCCUGUAAAAUCAUGCCAAAAACAAACAAGUCUUCGUUCUGAUGUAUGUCCAUGGGAGACAAGUGAGCCAGAAAAGCAAAUCCAGAAACAAGACAGCGCUUGUGCUGAUACUUGCCCCGAGGAAAGAGAACAGUCACCCAAACCAGCUCAGAGUCAAGACAGCCCUCAAGCAGAUGUACGUCCUCAGGAACCAGAGGACUCAGAAAAGUCACAAAUGCAAGAAAGUGUCUGUACAGAUGUUUGUCACUUGGAAUCAGCCUCUGAAACACCAGCAAAAGCAGAGGACAGCACUGAUCAAAGUGAGAGAAGGAAAACAGAUAUGCCACUAUCUGCAGACACUAGUCCACAUAGCGCACAGGGGGCAAGAGCUAAUCGGCCUCUGACUCGAUGUGAUGCACUGUGUCCAUGGGAAAUGGACGGGGAAUCACAACCACCCAUAAUAGAGCAUGAUAACAACUCAGAUGUUUUUACAUGGGAGGAACCAAUACCAGAAGAGGAAGAAGGUGAUGCAGAAACUGCUGCAGAGGCCUUUAUUUUCCCACCUGACUUAUAAGCUGUGAACUAUUUAGCACUGUGCUUGUUCUUUUAGCUUCAGCGACAUAAACCAAAUUCUAAAAAAAUGGGCCACUAGUCAUACUCCACAGUAAAUAUAUAAUGUCCAUUCAUGGCAUCUGGCAUACUGUAAAGGCCACUAAAGAAGACUGCCAUAGUGAAUGUCCAUCUCAAAUUUCAGCUCAUCAAGCAAUAUGCCAAGACUGAAAAUCAUUGUGAUGGACUGGUCUCCCCACCUAAGUGCAUAUCCCCCUUUGGUCCUAAAUUAUUGUCAGUCCCUCUUUGAACUUGGUAUUGUUUUGUGUUUCUUUGUGUUUGUAUGACAGUGCAGUCUCUUUAAUUGCCAGCCCCACCUCUGCAUCACCUUCAAAUCAGAGACUGAUGUAAACAGACAGAUAUUGAUCAAAGGAUCAACACUAAGAGCGAACAUCUGUCAGAGGAACUUUUAAGUUUUAUUUUUCUGAUUUAAGAUUAGUGGAAAUGCAUUCUACAUCUGUUCAUUUAUGCUGAAUGCAGCUGCUUUCUGUGAUAUAACCAACUCUGAAACUACAUGCAAUGCAAUCAUUAACUAAACAACUGGCAUGACAGUGAUGUAUGUCCGAGGAAGGGUGUUCAGGAAUGUCCAAGACCAUUUGCAAUCAUGAACAAUUUAUAAAGCCAUUUUG